AUGGACGACGAUCUGCUCCUGAAUUUUGAUACCUCGGCGCCGGUGCGCGCGCCGAAGAAGGAGCGGCGGCGGCCGCAGGCGCAGCGCACGCCGCAAAAGAGGGCGCGUACAGAGGAACCAGAAAGCGGCGCGCCGAAGCGCGCGCGCCCGGCGGGUGACGCCCCGGCACCGAAACGCCCGGCGGGCGACGACGAGGCGCGCCGCGCCGUCGCGGCCGCGCGGCGCCUCACCGGCGGGCCACCGACCAGGGGCACUGGGUAUAUUUCGUCGCUCUUUGCGCGCGACGAGGCGAAUGCCGACCAGCCCGCCGCCGUGCCCCAGGCGUCGGCGCUCGCGCCGUCGAAUGCCCCGUCGAUGGACGGCACGUUUGAGGGCCUCGGCCUGUCGCGCCUGCUUGCGCGCCACCUGUCGACACGCAUGGGCCUCGAAGGGAAGCCGACCGAGAUCCAGCGUCUGGCCAUCCCCCCCAUGCUGUCCUCGCCGCCGAUGGAAGCGGCGAUGCGCGAUAUCCUCCUCCAGGCCCAGACCGGUUCCGGCAAGACACUCACGUACCUCUUGCCGAUUGUGCAGUCGAUCCUCCCCCUGUCCCAAGAGAGCUUUAUCGACCGGAGCGUCGGAACGCUCGCCAUCAUCCUCGCGCCGACUCGCGAACUGGCGCGCCAAAUCUAUACCGUCCUGGAAAAGGUGCUUGCGCUCUCGCUUGCGUCUGACGAUGAGGACACGCCGCGGUACUCGCGCUGGAUCGUGCCCGGCCUCUUGACCGGCGGCAGCACCAAGAACCACGAAAAGCAGCGCCUCCGCAAGGGGUGCCCGAUCCUCGUCGCGACGCCCGGCCGUUUGCUCGACCACCUGCAGAACACGUCGAGCCUCGACGUGGGCAAGUGCCGCUGGCUCGUGCUCGACGAGGCCGAUCGCCUGCUCGAGAUGGGCUUUGAGGAGCAGCUCGACGGGAUCAUCAAAGCGCUCGAAGGCCGCCGCCGCCUCGCGGUGCGUGCCGCAAAGGACGCGCUGGUCGACCAAGGCGCGCAGACCGGCGCCGAGGACGAGGCACAGGUCACCGACUCGCUCGGCAUCGCGUGGUGGGCGUGGCGCAUGCGCCUCGUGCUCUGUUCCGCGACGCUCGACGAGCGCGUCCAGGCGUUUGCCGGCACGGCGCUCCACGAGCCGAUCCUCAUCCGCGCCGGCGCGCCGACCGAGACCGAGGCGCGUGCCGACGACACGCCGACGUUUGCGGCGCCGUCGCAGCUGCAGCAGCACUGCGUCAUUGUCCCGCCCAAGCUGCGCCUCGUGUCCCUCGUCGCGCUGCUGCGGCAUAGCAUUCCCCGCACCUCGGAGCUCGCCGAAAAGGGGCCGGCGCGUGUUAUUGUCUUUAUGUCGAGCACUGACGGGGUCGACUUUCACUGGCAGUCGCUUGGCGGCGCCAAGAUGGGUCAGAUCGAGCAGCCGGCCGAAGGCAAGGAGAUGCCGCUCGCGCAGUACUCGGACCUGCUGCCCAACACGCCUAUUUACCGCCUGCACGGUUCCAUGACGCAAAAGGAGCGUAUCGCCUCGCUGCGCGCGUUUCGCACGCUCACCGACGGCACGGACUCGACCGAGACGCGCCGCGGCGGUGUGCUUCUCUGUACGUCGGUCGCCUCGCGUGGUCUCGAUUUGCCCGACGUGCGCUGCGUCAUCCAGAUGGACGUGCCUACGGAAGGCGGCGUCGAAGAGUACGUGCACCGUGUCGGUCGUACUGCGCGUGUCGGCCGCGCAGGCUCGAGCUGGCUGAUGCUCAUGCCGCACGAAAAGCCGUGGCUCACGACGCUCACGGAGCGCAUGGUCGUCUACCCCGCGGCGCACGCCAAGCCGCAGCCCGCGCGCAUUUCGCUCGUGGGCCUCGACACGGUGCUCUACGAAGGCUUUGGCGGUGCGCAGCGCGAGUACGAGUCGCGUGCGACCGACGUCCAGAUGGCGCUCGAGCGGUGGGUGCUCGCUGCGCCGGAGCACGCGACGCUCGCACGCACCGCCUUCCUCGCACACAUCCGCGCGUACGCGACACACCCCGCGAGCGAAAAGGCGAUCUUUAACGUGAACCAGCUGCACCUCGGGCACAUCGCCAAAGCGUACGCACUGCGCGAGGCGCCGAAUACCGUGCAAAAGACGUCCAAGCGCGAGCACGACAAGAAGGAGAACAAGACCGAGAGCAAGAAGGACGACGACGCGCGCGCGCGGCGCCAGCGCAUGAUGGCCAAUCUUCCGACAGUGAGUAUGUAG